AUGUAUUCAUGCAUUCAGAAUGAUGAUGAUAGUGCUGUUCCUACUAUUACUUCUUCCUCAUACAGUAUGCAAGGCCCGCCUGAUAAAGGAUACCAGAAUCAUAAUGUUACAAAUGUAGAACAUGAUUCUGAUUCUAGUGCUGUGCCUAAGAAUUACCAGCACAUCCUGGCCCUGGCAUUUGCAGUGAAGGAGAUCAAUGAAAACCCUCAACUCUUACCCAACAUCACUCUAGGCUUCCAUAUCUAUGACAGCUACUUCAUUCCAAAGUGGACUUACUAUGCCACAAUGCAACUCAUAUCCACAGCAGAUAGAUUUCUCCCCAACUACAAAUGUGACAUUCAGAAUAACCUUAUAGCAGUCAUUGGAGGAUUGGAUCCCCAAACCUCUUUUUAUUUGGCAACUGUCUUGGAUGUCUACAAGAUUCCACAGCUCAUAUAUGGCUAUGCACCAGUGAUGAAUGACAAAACCCCAGGACUUACCUUCCACCAGUUGACUCCAAGGGAAUCCUUCCAGGACACAGCAAUUCUCUCUUUGUUGAUACAUUUCAAGUGGACAUGGGUUGGAAUCCUCAUUAUGUCCACUGAUACUGGAAAAAGAUUUUUGCAAGCUGUCUCUCCAAAAUUGACUCAAAUGGGUAUUUGUUUUGCCUUCCUGGAAACAAUCCCAACACUUUCUUUUCUUUCUGAAAUUAAUGACCAGCUUCGAAACAUGGCGAAAAUACAUGACAGAAUCAUGGCUAGCAAGGCCAAUAUAGUGAUUGUCUAUGGGGAUACAUUUUCUAUGGUAUACUUGAGAUGGUUGCCAUACCUCUCAGAACCAGAACAUGUUACAAAUAAACCAAGAGGAAAAGUGUGGAUCAUGACAGCACAGAUGGAGCUCACUGCAAUAAUCUAUCAGAAGAAUUGGGAUCUAGAUAUGUUUCAUGGUGCUCUGUCCUUCACAAUUUACUCCAAUGACAUACCAGGAUUUCACCAGUUUGUUGAGAGCAGAAAUCCUUCCAGAACAAAAGAAGAUGGUUUUAUCAGGGACUUCUGGCAACAGGCCUUCAUUUGUGUAUUUUCUAAUCCAGUUGUAGACAUGGUGAAGGGGGAUAUUUGCACUGGAAAGGAAAAACUAGACAGCCUUCCGGAGUCUUUUUUUGACCUGAGGAUGACUGGCCACAGCUACAACAUCUAUAAUGCUGUCUAUGCUGUGGCCCAUGCUUUACAUGCUAUGUCCUCAUCUAAGCUGAAAUACAAAGCAAUUGUGGAAGGAGAAGGACUGGAGCUUCAGUAUCAACUGGCAUGGCAGCUCCAUAACUUUCUGAGAGGUGUCUCAUUUAACAACAGUGCUGGGGAUAAGGUUUUCUUAAACCAAAAUGGGCACUUAAUAGCUGCUUUUGAUGUUAUGAACUGGAUUAUUUCCUCUAACCAAUCCUUUCAUAGGGUGAAAGUUGGGAGGGUGGAUCCCCAGGCUCCUCCAGAUGAAGCAUUCAUCAUCAAUGAAAGUGCCAUAACCUGGCCCACAUGGUUUAACCAGGUACAGCCUCUUUCUCAAUGUACUAUGAAUUGUUAUCCUGGGUAUAGCAGGAAAUUUAAGGAAGGGAAGCCAUUUUGUUGCUAUGAUUGCUUCACAUGUUCAGAAGGGACAAUUUCAAACCAGACAGACAUGAAUGACUGCUAUAAAUGUCCCAAUGAAACAUAUCCAAACAAAAACAAGGAUUUAUGUAUUCCCAAGUAUAUAAGCUUCUUGUCUUAUGAAAAGCCUCUGGGGCUCAGCUUAGCCUGUUUUGCUCUUUCCUUUUGUCUGAUCACAGCUCUGGUGCUAGGCACAUUUAUGAAGUAUCACAACACUCCCAUCGUCAAAGCCAACAACCGGAGCAUCACCUACACUCUCCUCAUCUCCCUCCUCCUCUGCUUCCUUUCUGCACUGCUAUUCAUUGGACAUCCUGAGAAGGUGGUGUGUCUCCUCCGGCAAACUGCUUUUGGCAUCAUCUUCUCUGUGGCUGUUUCUUGUGUGCUGGCAAAAACCAUUAUGGUGGUUCUGGCUUUCAUGAUCACCAAACCAGGAAGCAGGAUAAGGAAAUGGGUGGGGAAAGGACUGGCCAACUCCAUUGUUCUUUCCUGCUCUUUUAUUCAAGCAAGCAUUUGUAUUGUAUGGCUAGCAACCUCUCCUCCAUUUCCAGAUGCUGACAAGCACUCGGUGAGUGAAGAAAUCACACUUGGAUGUAACGAGGGAUCUGUAACCAUGUUUUACUGUGUUCUUGGCUAUAUGGGCUUCCUGGCCAUUAUCAGUUUCACUGUGGCUUUUCUGGUGAGGAGGUUACCUGACAGUUUCAAUGAAGCUAAGUUCAUCACUUUCAGCAUGUUGGUCUUUUGCAGUGUGUGGUUAUCCUUUGUUCCUACCUACCUGAGCACUAAGGGAAAAUAUAUGGUAGCUGUGGAGAUCUUUUCUAUCAUAGUCUCCAGUGCUGGACUGCUGGGUUGCAUCUUUUUCCCCAAAUGUUACAUUAUUGUGUUGAGACCUGAGCUGAACAGCAGGGAACAGAUAAUAAAAAGAAAGACCUGA